AUGUCACCCCUAAUGCGGCGGGCCUCCCCCAGUGGGUGCGGCAGCAUCACUCGUUCAUUGGAUGACUUCGCUAAGGGAAUGACAAGGCCAAACAGCACUUCUUCAAUGGAAGAUGCGAGAACAUGUGGGGAUGUAGGCGACUUUGUGCCAGUAGAUUUGAAAAAUGAUUUUCUCCAAAGAAGACGGUCUCAUCCAGGGAGGAGCCACCCCAUGAAUUCUGAAUCGCCUCUAUCUACUGCUUCCACUCCUACUCGCAGCACAACUAGGUCAACUGGAGAGACCAAUGCAGACAGCACAACUUCAGAUGCAGAGAGAGUUCACGAGAAACUUCAGCAGAUGUGGGAUGACGGGGAGCUGUCUCCUCGGGCGCCUCUUGAUCGGUCCUUGGGCUAUAUCUCUUCUCCGAACAACUCGGGAAAGGGAGCUGCCAGUGCUUCAAUAGCAUCUGAGGGUACAUCAGGAGGAGCACAAUCAUGCAGGCAAAUUUCGCAACAAGGAAUUGUGGCACCGUUAUUCAUAAAUGAUGUGAGAGCGCUUCGACAGAUGGCACCCUUCAGCUCAACAGAGGAACAAGUUCUCACACGCUCACAACGAAGAAGAAGCAGUGCGAAUCUUUUGCAACAACUUGUAGCAGCCCAGCCAGGUGGAUCGGUGCACCUGGGGCACGCUGAAGUUGCCGUUCAACAAGAACAAGGUAUUGUCAGAAAGGAGCAACGGCAACAGCACGAGACAGAUUCAAGUGGCCAAUUACAGGAUGCGCAAUGCGAUCUCUCCACAAGCCAGCAGCAUCAAUAUGCAUCUCAGAUGGUAGUAGAAGCUCUGGAUCUGUCCGUUGGUCAGGCAUGCCGGUCCAAUUCUCUGGGCUCUGGUGGUGCCGUCUCACGGUGCACUGUAGCCCGCAAACGCCGCGCGAGUAGUCCUGUAGUCUCCACCGAUUCAUUUUCUGCACAUGAAUACCAUAAGAAAAGCGAUGGCGGCUUGCCCCCUGAUGGAGCGCCUUUAUACGGUUGCCGCAAACGCCUUUCUGCUCCUCGUACAUCCAUGCAGACCCUUGCCACAGCGGAUGCAACUCCUGCCUCGUCCAAGACGUCACCUAGACGCAGUUCAGCUACCACGGCUGUGCCAUAUACUGGGGGAAAUGGUGAUAGUGGAGUGUUUGAUAUAGCCAUCAACUGCACAAACAAUAACAGCAGCAGCAGCAGCAGCACGUUAGAGUCUCCCUUCCAGAAGCAUCCUCCGCCUUCACCUUCGGAUUUCCCAGUUUCAUCUCCUAUUGGCACAAGUUCCUACACCCCCAGGCGGGAGGCUUCAGCAGAACCGAAACAGCAGACCCACCAAAUGCAGAGUCACGAGACUUCUGCUACUAGCGAUCUGCCAGCUGUAUGUGGACCUGCUGGGAAGGACAAGAAUCCAUUGAGUAGCCCACUGCGGACGUCUCCUCGUCGUACGCAUGGUGAAGGGGGACCAUCCUUUCCUCCAUUUCAAACGCCAAGGGGCCCUUGUAACGUGCAGGAGCCUCAGGAUGACACAAUGGGAACUUGUAUUCGCCAAAGAGCCUCACAGCGUUGCCCGUCACCCGUUCCGCUUGUUCCAACGGGAACCCCCAACAAGCGAGCCGUGGCGGACCAGCGCGGGGGUGGGCCGCCGUCUGGAGAUGCCUGCGAGCAAAGCAUUUCCCCAGCUUCAGAAGAUGGCCAUGAAAAUGUCCGUGCCAUUACAUUGAGGGCGCCAUCUACUAAGAAAGUGACUGUCCUUCCUCGGCGCGCUUCAGUCGUGCCAGCGUCCCGAUUAAAGGCAGCUCCUCGCAGCUCAAACACCUCCGUUGUACCAGUGAUGAGCAACAGAGAAGCCGAAACAGCAAACGGAGUGGCAGGGGCAUCUGGAAUAAACAAGCCUGCUUCUUCACCUAGAAAGACUGAGAUUCCUGUAUCCACCUGGCACAGGCCGGUUCGCUCUGGCGCUGGUCCUACCCGUGUUGGUGUAACUGAGAGGCAGCGAAAGAGCCAGCUGAUAUCUGCAGCAUCUCUAAAGUACACAUCUGACCGAUUUGAAAAUGCUCCUUCUGAGUCGCAUCCCAAGAACCGUUACCCAAACACAAGAGAUCCAGGCGACUCCCUCGCAGCAACUGCGCUACCGCGAAGACGUUCUACGACAAGGCGCAGCAUUGGCCUGGCGUCAUCAGCAGGCCCAAGUUCGUCCUGGGUUCCAACUUCGCUAGCAGACCGCCGUUCUGCUUCCGCCUCACCUGUGGCUUCUCAGGAAGUCACCGGCCAAGCUCCUGCGCAGAUCACAGCCAGGAGCCCCGUGCAAUUUGCAAAAGCUGCAACAACACAAGGCCGCAUGCCAAUGGCAAGGCUUGGGAACCAACCUUCUGGGGCUUCUGGAGCAGGAGCUCACAGUCUAGGGUCUUCCCGGAGCCAAGUGGCUGGCGUUUGUCUUGGGGCCAGCAUAGGAGAGCCCAGCUCAACAAAAGCUUCGGCCCAAGGGAAAGCCGUAACACUAGCCGCUGUUCGAAAGGGCUUACCUCGCGCAACCCCAUUACGCCCCUCUGUGGCUAAGCCUCGAGCCAACAGCAGCAAAAGUUUGUUUCAUAGUGCAACUGCACGCAGCAGUGCGAAUAUGCUCCCCAUCACAAAGCCUAGAGUCCUUAUUCCAGCGUCAGCACGGCACAAGACACAAGGUGGAGGUGCGGUCCGCGGGGUCCGGAAUUCUCGCGGUAAAUAUCCAACUUGCAACUCAUGUUCCCGGGGAGUCACCUCUGUAGCGCCCUCGCGGCACGGCCGCCCGGCGGUUAAGGGCCAUUCGUCUAUGCGGACGAGAGCGGGAGUUCAUCUCGAUGAUUCAGCCGCAACAAAAUCUCCUGGCGGCAACGCAUCAGGUUUCAAAGUAGAUGCAAAGGAUUCCGGACAUGCUGAGAAGGAUGCGCGCAUUGGAGAGUUCCGCAGUAAUUGCCUGAGCCCGCCAGAGCUUUCGAGCGCGUCUGAUGAAAUUUCUUUACCCCAGGCUCAACCCCAACGCGCUUUAACGGAGGAAGAACACAGACGUUCCUGCACGAACAGCACCAUCUGCUGCCCCACAGUUUCCAGUAGUGUGCACUCCACUGCGGGUAUAGGUGUCUCUGCACCUGAUGCUUGCCCAGCAUUGGCACAGAGCUCGUGGGAUACCGGGACGCCAUAUCAUCCGAGCCGGAGGCGCAGCAGCUCUCCGCACAACCUAGCACUGCAAAAAUGUACCAGCAAUGAGGCAGGCGAUGGCAGACGUCCAUCCGGACCCUUGGCACCCUUGCGUCGAGCUUCAAGUGUCUGCAGCCUCGAAGAUGGCGAUGGAAAGCGCAUUUCCGCUCAGCAACAAAAGAACGAGGCGCUACAUCAGGUAUGGGAAGGCCGCGAUAGGGAGUAUCAGGAAAAGCAACAAAAGCUGCUGUUAGAACAACAGCGCAAAGAGCGACUGCUUGCGUGGGAGCAACGCGAAGCUGAAUUGCUGAAAAAUCGAAAGGCUCUGUCCAAAGAAGAACCUUCCUUCUGGGGAUUUGAUCCAUUCAUGGUUGAUGAAGAGGAUGAGAAAGUCCUUACAACAGAAGAACUGCGGGUGGAGGUGUCGCGCUUCUUAAAGGGCGACUUGCGCUUCCACUCUCGAGCUGACCUGCUUCGCGUCGUAAAGAAAUUCAGCGAACAGACCCGAACCACCACAACAACCACGAGCUCGAGGCUGAACUUCACUAAGGUGGACCAGCGCGUUGUUCCGAUGGCGGCCCGUCAAGUCCACGGCACUGUGCCACAUGAAAGACGCCGAAAGUCAAUCUUACGCAACAGCAGUGGCUCGCAGCAGCCUUCGGAGGGCCGCACGCGAAGCAGAGGAAUCAGCUUUUCCCCUUUUAACAAGGUCCAGCUGUACAUGCUUGAUGAGCAUGAACGAGCUAGCAAAGAAGCAGCCGCUCAUUUGUCUCAACAGGGGGAACAGCGACAGCAGCUGAGGCAGAAGCUUGCUCACCAAUUUCAAUUGAUGUUGCUGCGAGGCGACUCGGACUUGGAACUGUCUUUGAUACGCCGUGAACUCGCGAGCCUGUGCGAUCCUGACGAGGAGGAUAGUAUAGCCUUCUUAUCGCCUACUCUGGCUCCGGGUCGCGAUGGGGAACCAGAGAGCAAAGGGUCUUUUAAUCUGUCCCAGCAGGGUGGUGCAGAGGUAAAGCUAAAUGAUGGUAGGGAGCCGACUGAGUCAGUAGAUGGGAAUGGAAUUGGAAGGCUCCCCUUCACUGUUUCGCCAUCGUGGAGACAAAGACCGCACAAUGUUUGGCAAGACACCCCAGGGGCCUCGCAGACAGAACCCUGUGCUGAAUGGAGCCCUCCUCUAAGCCCUAUAGAGCACAGCCGUUUGAAUAAUGUUGGAGCGAAGGAGGGGAAUGGGUGUUGGCGAACACCCAUAGCCGGUGCAGGCAGCGAAGUUGAGGGCAAGCGUGAGCUCGGCACCUCGGAAAACGAUGAAAAUGCAAAUUACAAUGCAGUGAAGAGCUCAUCACAUCUCCAUUCUGAAGCAAGUGGUACUGGUUUUCUGACAUGA